AUGCCUCCAUCUCCGCUCCUGCCCGCCAUCUGCGUUCUCCUGGUCUCCAGAGUGUCCCCGUCCAUCUCUCUUCAGGAAAUCCAUGUGACCAAGGAGACCAUUGGGAAGAUCGCAGUGGCCAGCAAACUGAUGUGGUGCUCGGCAGCGGUUGACGUCCUCUUCCUGUUAGAUGGCUCUCACAGCAUCGGGAAAGGAAGCUUCGAGAGAUCCAAGCACUUUGCCAUCACCAUCUGUGACGCUCUGGAUGUCAGGCCCGGGAGGGUCAGGGUGGGAGCCUUGCAGUUUGGCUCCACUCCUCAUCUGGAAUUCCCCUUGGACUCCUUUUCAAGCCGGCAGGAAGUGAAGGCAAACAUCAGGAGGAUAGUUUUCAAAGGUGGGCGCACAGACACAGGGCUUGCUCUGAAAUGCCUGCACACAGGCUUCCCUGGAGGCAGAAAUGGCUCCGUGCCCCAGCUCCUUAUCAUCGUCACAGACGGCAAAUCCCAGGGGCCCGUGGCAGCCCCGGCUAAGCAGCUGAGAGAAAGAGGCGUCAUCGUGUUUGCUGUAGGGGUCCGGUUUCCCAGAUGGGAUGAGCUGCUCACACUGGCCAGUGAGCCGAAGGAGCAACACAUGCUGCUGGCCGAGCAUGUGGAGGAUGCCACCAACGGCCUCCUCAGCACCCUGAGUGGCUCCUUGCUCUGCACCGCUGCUGACCCAGAUUGCAGGGUGGAAGGUUACCCCUGUGAGCGCAAGACGCUGCAGACCAUCAGGGAACUCGCCGGCAAUGCCUUGUGCUGGAGGGGAUCGAAGCAGGCGGAUACUGUGCUCGCUCUGCGCUGUCCUUUCUACAGCUGGAAGAGAGUGUUCCAGAAACACCCCGCCACCUGCUACCGGACCAUCUGCCCAGGGCCCUGUGACUCCCAGCCCUGCCAAAAUGGAGGCACGUGCAUUCCAGAAGGUGUGGAUAAAUACCACUGUCUCUGCCCGCUGGCGUUCGGAGGAGAAAUCAACUGUGCUCCGAAGCUGAGCCUGGAAUGCAGGAUCGAUGUCCUCUUCCUGCUGGACAGUUCUGCAGGCACCACGCUGGAGGGCUUCUGGCAGGCCAAGGCCUUUGUGAAGCGCUUCGUGCAGGCUGUGCUGAGUGAGGACUCGCGGGCCCGUGUUGGGGUGGCCAGUUACGGCAGAGAGCUGAUGGUGGCUGUGCCCGUCGGGGAAUACCAGGAUGUGCCAGAUCUGGUCAGGAGCCUUGACGGCAUUCCCUUCAGUGGUGGCCCAACCCUGACUGGCAGUGCCUUGCUGCAGGUGGCUGAGCAUGGCUUUGGGAGUGCCAGCGGGGCAGGCCAGGACAGGCCACGCAGAGCCGUGGUUGUACUCACCGAGUCACACUCCCAGGACGAGGUGGCUGGGCCAGCAGCUCACGCAAGGGCUCGGGAGCUGCUCCUCCUGGCCAUGGGCAGUGAGGUCCUGCAGGCGGAGCUGGAGGAGAUCACAGGUAGCCUGAAGCACGUGAUGGUCCACACAGACCCGCAGGACCUGUUUAGCCAAAUCCCGGAGCUGCAGAGGAGGCUGUGCAGCCAGCCACGGCCAGGCUGCCAGGCACAGUCACUGGACUUGGUCUUCCUGCUGGACGCCUCCGCCUCAGUGGGAGCCGAGAACUUUGCUCAGAUGCAGAGCUUCAUCAGGAAGUGCACCCUCCGGUUUGAUGUGAAUCCUGACGUGACCCAGGUUGGCCUGGUGGUAUAUGGCGGCCAGGUGCAGACGGCCUUCGGGCUGGACACCCAUCCCACCCGCACUGCCGUGCUGCGGGCCAUGAGCCAGGCUCCCUACCUGGGAGGUGUGGGCUCUGCUGGCACAGCCUUGCUGCACAUUGAUGACAAGGUGAUGACGGUCCAGAGGGGGGCCCGCCCCGGUGUCCCCAAGGCUGUGGUGAUGCUCACAGGCGGAAGAGGGGUGGAAGAUGCGGCUGCCCCUGCCCAAAAGCUAAGAAGCAAUGGCAUCUCGGUCUUGGUUAUGAGCGUGGGGGCCGUCCUCCGGGAGGCAGUGCGAAGGCUGGCUGGUCCACGGGAUUCCCUGAUGCAUGUGGCAGCCUACGCGGAUCUACAGUACCACCAGGGCGCGCUCAUCGAAUGGCUGUGUAGAGAAGCCAAGCUGCCAGUCAACCUCUGCAAGCCCAGCCCGUGCAUGAAUGAAGGCACCUGUGUCCUGAAGAAUGGCAGUUACCGCUGCGAGUGCCGAGGUGGCUGGGAAGGCCCCCACUGUGAGAACUAUGUCUUGAGAGGAGAUGCCCCCAUGGCACGUAGCUUCCACCAAGAGCUCACAGGAAGACAACAGCCAACUCCCUCCCAGCAAGCUCCAGAACAUCUCAGGAUCUGAAAGGUACUGUCCUCAGCGCAGUGCAUCUCCUGGGGGCCCGAAGCAUCUGCUGCCAGCCAUAAGCAGGGCCAUCCUGCCAACAAACCUGUGCCUCAGGGGACACUGCUUGGGACAGAAGGGGCCACAAGUGUCUCUUGCUGUGGUGACGUUGGAAACUCCUAAUGUGUCAGUAUUUACCAGCCCUGUCCGUAACUGUACCUGGUUGAGGUAAACUGCCUGUCACUUUUCCUGAGGAUAAGAGGCAGGCCAGGGAAAUCUGAUGGCCUGUGUGAGGGUCACUUGGCCCAUAACAAAUGCUACACAGAUGUUGUGAGGUGGCACUGCCUUGAGAAAGGCAUCUGUAAGA